CUCCUCGGGCUUUAGGUCGUCCGCUGUCCAUGCAUGUCAAAGAGCCUUCAAAGGCCGUCUGGCUUCGAAGGUUGCCGUUUUGGUGAAGCUUCGCUUCCUGGGCGAAAGCCUGCGGCAAAGACCAGAUGCUUUGAGGAAGUAGUCCCUGUUCCACCCAAGACAGGGAAGCCCCAUGCUCCGCGGGGUCGGCACGAUCGAUUGCGGGGUGGCCACCUCAAAGGCAUGACUGCAAGGGACAACUUGCGUGAGUUGAUUCAGGGGAGCGAUCCCAAACUAGGACGAUGGAGCAAAAACAAGGCAGUUUACACAGAGCUUCUACAAGUGAUGCAGACUUGCUCUAUUCCUAAAUUGAUCUCAACUCUGAGCCAAGCACAGGCAGCUGGGGCAUACAACUGGCCGGAGUUUGCAAAAGCGUCUGGGAGAUUAAAAGAGUUGGAAGAAAUUCGUCACAACAUGGAGGAAGCUUGUGGGUCGGUCUGUAUAGAUGAUAUGGAAAGACUCAUAUGCCGGGCUUCAGCUGUGGGAAUUUGCCGGAAAUCGCUGAGAGCAGAAAGAGAGCAAAGUGAGCAAAGCAUUGAGCCGGAGUUCCAGCAUCUCGUCUCUGCCCUGGAGAAGCGAAUGCACAAGCUUCGAAUCCUGCGAGAAGAUCUUAGAAUAUGCGCUCAAUCUUUAGAUAUGGAGUUGAUCUCCAAUACUUUGAAAGUUGCCGAAGAGUUUGGAGCUGGGUGGGAAGAUGUUCGUGAUGCGCGGGUCCGCCUGCGGAUGCUACAGAGCUCUCUUGCAGAGAUGACUGAGCUUCUCGGCAGUGUGAGCGAAGCUGAAAACUGUCACCUCAAGGAAAAAAUCCACGAGGCUUUGAUGAGUUUCGAUCACAUUGAAGAGGAUGCACCUCCGCCACUUGGUUGGGUAUUGAACGCCCUCCGCGUUCAGUACAAUCGCAUUAGGCUGGAAGGGGUUGCUGGUCUUCGGGAUCGCUUAACGCGGGAGAUCCUGGCGGCAGGAAAAGAUGCAAACCUAGAGCUUUUGCGGGCUGCAGUGGCAGAGGCUGACACUCAAUUCUAUUCGAUGGAUUCUUCGAAGUUGCCAGAUGCUUUACAUGCCACGCGCUGGGAUGAAUUGGAGCACGGCAGAAGGUGCUUGGCGCAACUCGUAGAAAUUGAGGCGGAACUGGAACUUGUGGUGACUCCAAGCACAAUACCUCCAUCUCCAGCUGCCAUCAUCGCUGCAAUUGCACGUGCAGAUGCUGCUGGUUGUUCGACCUGGACUCUGCGUUCUGCAGCAUCCACACGGUUGCGGCAAGUACAGUCUCUCGAGGCCAGUAUUCUGAAGGCAGUUGCAGCUGGGUCAGAAGACCUUUUGCGCGAAGCGAUGAUAAAUGCCCAAUGUGCAGGCUUUGUUGCCUGGCCACUUUUGAAUGCUGCUACUGAACUCUUCAGAGGUUUCAAAGAAACUGCAGGGCAAGAAGAACGCGCACUACUUUGGCAGAGUUUCAUUUCAACAACUGCUCAGAGGUUAUUGGCGGAGCUUGCAGAGGGUGAACCCUUUGGAGGCUGUGCAGGUGAAGUUGCAGAUGUGGAGGUGGCCUUCGUUGGGAUCCGACUUGAAAGUGAGUGCCCCGAAAUGCUGCCGAUGGAGAUGUUGCUUGAGAUGUUUGAGAAGGCG